AUGAAUCCAAUGCAGCGACAUCUUGAGAAGCAUGGCAUUUCCAAGGCCACUGUUGCUGAGCAGUCGGGGCAGCCAUCAAUUCUUUCUCACAUGAAGCACCCGAAGUCGAGAAACGAAAAGCUCUCGGAUUUCUUUGCUGAGCGAGUUCUGGUGAAACAUGGUCAGCCUGUGUCGUUGUGCGAGCACGAAGGCUUCAGAGAGUUUUGUCACGAGCUCGAUGCCAGGUUCCACUUCUGUUCUCGGAAGAAGAUGUCGUCCAAAGUUCUGCCUAGAGUGCUGGAUCACCUCGAAGAGGAUGUGCGCUCUAUGCUGCAAGAAGUUCUAUGGCAAGACAAGACCACGUGUUUGCAUUAUGCGUGUGACCUUUGGACAGCUUCUUUCUCCUCCGAUCAAUUCAUGGGGCAUAUUGUGAGCUGGAUUUCGCCCUCGUUUGAAAUGUUCACAGUGUGCCUUGAUAUGACUUUGUGGACAGAAGCGAAGACUGCCACCAAUCAAAGAGAGCAGAUCCUCGAGGUUUUCAAGCUGUUUAAAGCUUGCCAAGAAGUUGUGGCUGCAACAACCGAAAAGUGCCACGGCAACUUUGUAGGGUUGCAUGUUCCUUGCGCUGCUCACAACCUGCAGUUACCGCCUAAACACCAGCUGCUCAAAGCAAGGGACCCAGAGAAGCAGCGGGAAAAGUAUGGCGGCAAUGCAGCCGUGCUGGAGCUCGUGAAGAUGUGCAGAGCGACCGUACAGCACUUCCACAUGAGCGUCAAGGGUUGGAAGCAACUUUUGGAGAUUUGUGCGGAAACCAAAGAGAACGACUUGAAGUUUAUCCAGGACACGGAGACACGCUGGAACAGCACGUUGGAGCUGAUGACGAGCGUUUGGCGCAAGCAGAAAGCGUUGCUACAAUACAAAGAGAGGCAUCCCACAAAGCUUCCUGGUUGGUCCCAGCUACAUUUCCUUCAGCUUCAGCAAUGCAUUGGUGUGCUUAACCCGAUUGCCACAGCCACAGAGUUGAUUCAAGGAGCCAAAUAUCCAACAGCCAGUUUGUACUUCCCUGCCUUGUGUGCGGUGCAAACGUCUUUGCUACCACAGACACAAAUCUGGCUGCCUCAAGAAACUGGGGAGGAUAAGCCCUGCGGGCAAGACGCUUUGACUUCGGAGGCCAAGGAGUUGCGUGCAAAUCUGAGUUCUGAAUACGUGGGGUACAUGAGUGAGCUUACCUCUGACGUCCGUGAGCUCUUGAUUGCUGCAGCCCAGUUUGAUCCCAAGUUUAAGGACUUGGGCUGGCUGCCUGGGCACAGCAACGAUGACAAAGAUGAGAGAGCAGUUGCUGCCCGCAAAAAGGUCAAUGCCAACUUGGUCGCCCUUUGCCUCAAGGUCUACAAGCAGAUGUUUGAAGCUCCGCCUGACACCUCCGAUUUGAAAGAUGUUCCCAUUUCUCCUGCAAAACAGAAAACAGAUGUAUUCUUUUCAAGAUUCAGUGCUUGCAGCAGCUCUCGGAAAGAUCCAGCGCCUGCGGAGCCAGCCGAAGAGAAGACAACCUGGACAGAGUUCCACACUGCAUUGCGCAAUGAGUGCUACGCUUACUUGCUGUCUUCACCUGGUGAUUCAGGCCUGGCUCCGUUGAAGUGGUGGAAAUCUGUUGGCGUGAAAGACUUUCCGAAGCUAGCUUUGCCAGCCAGGUAUUUUCUUUCCAUCCCUGCCAGCCAAGCUAGUACAGAGCGCCUCUUCUCCCUCGGAGGCAAGAGAGACUUGCAGUCCUGUGGAAAUAUGGAUCCCGACCGCCUGAGCCGCUUGGUCGCUUCCCAAAUGAAUUUGCCAACUGUGUUAGAUUUCAGACAGCGUCAAAAAGCCGUUGUCGAUGUGGAUUAA